AUGACGAUCCACUCAUCCGGCGUCGUGACAUUCAGUCCAAAUGUCCCAACACCUGCCACACUUCCAGUCGAUGAGCCUGUAUUGGCUGUCUACUGGAUGAAAACUGAAGGGGCCAGAGUGUUUUAUAGAGAAACCGAUGAUGCAAAUAUUGUAAACCUCGCCCAUAAUGAAGUCAACAUCCAAUAUCGAUAUGGAUCAAAGUUUAGAGUAAAGAGCGUGGUGAUUAUCACAUGGGAAGGAGGACGACCAUACGGUUCUGAGUCCGAUGGCAAUAUUUUCCAAUUAGCUUUGAUUGUCGGUGACUCGAUGACAUUUGCUCAUAUUGUCUACAGCAAGCUUAACUCGAAUGACAACGCUGUGGCUGGGUUCUCCACGUUAAACACCUCUUAUUCUCUUCCCGAUUCGGCUACACACGAUGCUCUACUCUUAUCUGAAAAAAGCGACAUUGGUAUUCCAGGAGAAUGGCUUUUCCGAGUAGAUGAAACUCAGAUCUACUUAUGCGGUGCAGGAUUCAAGGGUCUCGAAUGCAUUGACAGUUGCGCUCCCUCGCAAUGGUUUAAUGAUUGUUCGAAAAAUUGUCAUUGCGAUGGUGGAGAUCCGUGUGAUCAGGAGAAUGGCCGCUGUCCCAACGGAAGAUGCUCACCCGGUUGGAAAGGUGCACCAGUCUGUGAUGAAGAUGAAGAUGAAUGCGAAUUGGAUGAUGUCUGCCCAUCAGCUCAGCCUGACUGUUUGAACACUCCAGGAUCAUACCUUUGCAUUUGCUUCGAAUACGAUGAGGCGAACAAGAGAUGCAAAGGUUCAAAACCCGUUCUUAACUCCGAGGAGAAGAUCCCC